UGUCAGCUCCCGUUUUGCACUCUCGACUGGCUGGAAAACUUUCUAAAUUAUUUUCCGUCCGUCAUUCUGAUUUGAUUUUUCUUUUUUGGUUAUCCACUUAGAAAUGCUUUUGACGAGGACAGGGUGGGUGCCGGCUCUGGUGGAGGACGAGGCCAUCCGACAGGAUAUGCACGCCGUUUCCUCGCUGCUCAAAAUGUAUUUCCGCGAGCUGCCCAAGCCGCUGUGCACCAUCCAGCUCUACGACCAGUUCGUCAACGCCGUCCAGGGACCUGAUCAUGUCAGAGUGGUUUGAAUGUUCGAGGUGGUCCAGCAACUGCCGCCGCCUCAUUUUCGCACGCUCGAGUACUUGACUCGACAUGUGGCGCGGGUGGCAGAAAAUAAUGCCUCGACGGGCAUGACGGCCAAGAAUGUGGCCAUUGUAUGGGCGCCGAAUUUGCUGCGUUGCAAAGAACUGGAAUUUGGUGGCUUCCAACCGCAACUCGUCGGCCGGCGAGUCCAGCCAACUGACGAGUCCAGCCGAAGCAGCGGCCCGUCACCGCUGAGGGAUGGCGAAGAUUUUGCUGUGCGAUUUGCCGGCGACGGCGGUGACGAGUCGAUUCAAGACGGGUCGCUGUCCCGCUGUCACAACCGCUCCGUCUCUCACGACUCGUACUUCCGCCUGCUCAUGACCAGCCAGACGGGCAGCAUACAAGUCGAUCCGCUGGACGAGGAGGGCGACGGUCCAGAAGCCAGCGCACGUCAGCCAGGACAGACAAAAGACGCCAUUUACGCUGAGAUCUCAAAAUCCGGAACCAAAAAUUCGUAAGAGGAGACCACACGAACGCGGGGCUCGCCGUCCGCCGAGUCGCCAGGUCUCGAAUUCCGUUACAACAUGAACCUGACGGCGGUGGAAGACCCCCAUUCCGGCAGCUCCAAGAUGUCAUUGAUCUAUCUGAGCCAUCUGGACGACAGUGAAUUGAAUAUUAUGAACAGCCGGGAAAUGCUGGCCGUAUACAAGAAGCUGUCUGACGAUUCCAGCCGUCCGAUUAUCGGCGUCGGCAGUGGGAGCAGCAGCAGCAACAACCACAGCGAGGACGGUAGCUAUGUGAGGAGGGCGCGGCCGGCCAGUGUAGAUGAUAGCGUCAUUGACGACUCGGCCAGGGGAAUGCCCAUGAACGCGGAGCAGAUUGACGGAAAAGGAAAUUGGGCGGCCAGCAAUCCUGCCUACGAGCUCUUUUACAUUCAGGCCGAAGUGGACCACCACCGCCACCACAGGAUGGAUGCUGCUGCCGGCGGCGGACGCUCACCUUCGCCCGACAACACCGACGCCCAGAUGCCGGACAUGCCCCGCGAAGUGGCCAUUGACGGAGACAAUGAUUCCCUCGUCAAUGUCACCACGGAAGAUUACAGCUCGACGGAAGUGCCCGUGGGCUCGGAUGAUCGCGAGAGCUUCACUUUGCACGGCCUCAAUGACGUUUACGAGAACGACAACGUGGCUGACAACAGGACGGCCGUCGUCGAAAGCCUUCGACGGACGACUAGUUCACCGGCGGCGGUGGUGGCGUCGGCUGGGGCUGCCUUCGAGAAUUUCGCCGAUAAUCACGCCUUCGCCAUGGUGAGAGUCUCUUCGAGCCAAGACGCCACCUGCGAAAACGUCAUCGAUCCAGCCAUCGUUGACGAAGAAGAAUACGAGCCCAUCGAGCCGCCGGUGGACCAGCCUGCCGAACCGGUGGGCGUGUCUUACGAGAACGUGGAUCAGGCCAAAUACGAGAACAUUGAGCAGCAGCAGCAGCAGCAGCACGAGGCGGAGAUGACGGCCCAGUCCAAUUACGAGAAUCUCGUUCAGCCCAGCUACGAAAACAUCGACGAAGGAGGCGCUUCCGUUGCGGAUGUCGGAGGCGAAAACGACACGAUUGACGUCGACGGUGGCGAGACGUACGAAAACGUCGUUCUCAGGGCCACAGCGUCCGGCAACAAGUCCCUGAAAGCCUUGGAGAUCGUCAACGUCUACGAGGACGUGAUCCCGCUGCCUCCCAGGACGGAUGAAUCGGAAGAAUUCAUUUACUAUCAGGUGAAAGUGCUGCGCCAAUCGAUCCAGGAAGUCAACGAGCUUUUGCGUGAAGAUCCGACGGUUCUUCAGAUCGCCAUCGCUGAUCUCGGCGACUAUCCCGUCAGAAACAACUCGAUGACGUCGUCUCCCGUCAAGAUCCGCAGCAGCCCUGCCAAGGAAGCGUCCGAAUCGACUGCGACGACGCCCGUUUCUUUGCACGAGCGGAAGGAUGGCAACAGAACACCCGCAGCUAAAGAUUCUCCUUCCUCGUGUGACGCCAGGUUGUCGGCCUUUAUCAUCAAGGACAUUGCCGUCGACGACGCUCCCAAAGCCACCCCGCUCAAAGGCGUCCGUCUCUCGCUGUCGCCCAAGUUGUCGUCGAGUGACGAUUCCGACAAACAGGCGGAGUCGAGCCGCAACGUCAAGGAGCAACAGCCGCAGCAGUACCACCUACCUCUAUCCGUCUCGCUUCCGAGUUUGCUCAAUACGAACAACAAAAUGGCGUCGCAAAAGCUGCAGACGUCGUCUUCGUUGGCGUCGCCGCUUCACGUGAACACGAGUCUACCUCCCACUUCCACGCCGCUCUACAAUCUCCAUCCGGAAAGCGAGUCGGUGUCGAGUAAGCGCCGCUUCGAGUCGCUUCGAGUCGGAAAUCGGCCGCGAUUUACUCCGCGAGCACCGAAUCCGCAACGAAAUUGA